AUGCGGAUGGGAAUCUCUUUGACUAUCAUUCAUCAUUCAUCUCUUCACCCAUCUGUCAUAGGUGCUUAUCCGCAACAAUCAGCCUCGUCCAUGCGGUCCACUGCUCGACGUCGAAGAGGUGCAUGCCAGGCUUGUAGAGACAAGAAAGUCCGGUGCGAUGGGAAAAAGCCCUCAUGCUCCGAGUGUGAAAAGAACGGUCUCGAAUGCAUUCCUGCUCCAAGAACUAAAAAGUUGGGGCGGCCACCGGGCACCCGGGUCAUGAACCGUGUUCCGCCAACUCCAUCUACGGCUUCAUCAAGUCCCAGCAUCACCACUAGCAUCGCAGAAACGGGUGAACUCUCCACAACAGGCCUUCUUGAUACGUCGGAAGAUUUCUCUGGCGAUCAUCUUGAUGCCCCCUCAGGACCAUUCCGCCGUCACUCAGAUACACCCAGCCUCAAUUCGUCAGCAGAGUCACUUUGCCAAACUGAAAGCACCCAGCUAGAUGCAUUUUAUGAUGUGGACUUUUCUACCAGCUGGGACCUUGUCACCCAUGACUUGGAUUCUUUACUGCUUCCAUCAACAAAUCUGGACAUCCCGAUAUCAGACCAAGUAGACAAAUACGCCAAGUCGAAAGCUAUACCUUCGAAUAGCUAUCAACAACUCAGCAGUGUACUACUGCAGACGGAGUGCCGUGGCAGAACCGAUCUGAUAUCCAUGUUUCUACUCAAUAUUGACAAGUCAAGGACGAUUGAGAGCCCGAAAUCUCAGGAGGUAGAGAUGAUGCUACGGAAGCUGAUAUCGAGCACACGGGCUCUCUUCUACAGUGCCCCUCUCCAACUCGACUUGCAGCAAACUUGGAAUGAGCAACGUCUGGAAGGAACUCAAUUACGGGCCUACUUGAGUGAUUUCUACAACGGGUCCUUCGACGGGCCACAGUUGUUUAUAGACCGAGAUUUCGCGGAGCAUGUUACCGACCAAGUGUUCAUUCAACAUCACAGCGGCUUGGCGUACUCAGCUCUGGCAAAUGCUAUUCUCACAGUCUGCGUCUUCCGACGAUCACAGGGAAUAGAAGAUAGCACACGAGAGGAGACUGCUUCAGCAUUCUUUCUCCAGGCUAUGCGCGCACAUGACACCUUUCAUGCGUAUGACAGCAGCCAAGAUACGCUUCUACACCUUCAGGCGUCUGCCAUCUUGCUAUACUGCAGUCAGAUACUAUGCCCUUCAAAUUUUGACCGUCUCCUCGCCAGCGCCGUGCAACUGUCACUUCGAAUGCGACUAGACAGCAAGCAUGCUAUCCAGCAGACGUACUCGUCUUCUCAAGAACAAAGACGCGCGCAGCAAACAUUUUGGUUUCUCUACACGCUGGAGAAGCCCUAUUCGAUGCGCACUGGAAUCUCCUCUAUGAUAAACGACACAUGCAUUGACUAUUCUCCCCAAAGGGUUGAGGUGUCAACCAGCAGCGCCGACAGAAAUGAUAUUCUGGACCAAGACAUUAUCCCGCUCUACGAGUAUGCUACCUUGUGUUCUAAUGUGAUACCACAGCUAUAUACCGGGAACGGAAUUCGAGAUGCCCAGAAGAUGGAGUCAACGAUCUCUAGUCUACACACACGCUUCGUUGCAUGGAGGGACAGCUCGCUACGAGCACUCCGUUACCAAUCUGCUCACAGGUUCAGUCCUGGCUCUCGGUCCGCAUCGCAUCUGGAAGAUUCAAUCAACAUCCGUUAUUAUGAACUGGUCCUGGUGCUUCAAGGCCGGUGGCACUGUCCUGGUUGGCGGACCUUCCAAGGCGAAUCUUCUUCCCUUGGAGUGAUUCAGGAAACUGUCUCCGAUGCUGUGCGAAGCAUGAGCCGUCUAUGUUCGAGAGACAUGUUCUACGAAGAGUCUACUAGGAGCAUCCUCUUCUAUCUAGCUGUGGUCGUGGCUGGCAUCUCGUUCUGCGAUAUUUACAACAAACGGGGCUCAGAAGAGGAUCUUGCCCGUCUUGGAAUACUUUUAGGGUACUUUGGUCGCUCACUGAAUAAGAGCCGAGGAAUUUUUCAUCAAGUGUUGGCGCUUGUGACCGUGGCCAGCGAGGUUCUUGAGCAAUCUCCGAGCUAA